CCCCCCCCUCCCCGUCCCCUCCUCCUCCUCCUCCCGCCGGCGCCGGAGCCGCCACGCCGCCGCCAUGGAGCUCAUCACCAUCCUAGAGAAGACGGUCUCGCCGGACUGCUCGGAGCUCGAGGCGGCGCAGAAGUUCCUGGAGCAGGCGGCCAUCGAGAACCUGCCGACCUUCCUGGUGGAACUGUCCAAAGUGCUGGCAAACCCCGGCAAUAGCCAAGUGGCACGCGUGGCCGCCGGGCUGCAGAUCAAGAACUCGCUGACCUCCAAGGACCCCGACAUCAAGGCGCAGUACCAGCAGAGAUGGCUCGCCAUCGACGCCAACGCGCGCAGGGAGGUCAAGAACUUCGUUCUGCAGACCCUGGGCACAGAGACGUACCGGCCCAGCUCGGCGUCGCAGUGCGUGGCCGGCAUCGCCUGCGCAGAGAUCCCCAUGAACCAGUGGCCAGAGCUGAUCCCGCAGCUGGUGGCCAACGUCACCAACCAGCACAGCACGGAGCACAUGAAGGAGUCCACGCUCGAGGCCAUCGGAUACAUCUGCCAGGACAUCGAUCCCGAGCAGCUGCAGGACAAAUCCAACGAGAUCCUGACCGCCAUCAUCCAGGGCAUGCGCAAGGAGGAGCCCAGCAACAACGUGAAGCUGGCGGCCACCAACGCCCUGCUCAACUCGCUCGAGUUCACCAAAGCCAACUUCGACAAGGAGUCUGAAAGGCACUUUAUUAUGCAAGUAGUCUGUGAAGCCACACAGUGUCCGGACACGAGGGUACGAGUGGCUGCCUUACAGAACCUGGUGAAGAUAAUGUCCCUUUAUUAUCAAUAUAUGGAGACCUACAUGGGGCCUGCCCUCUUUGCUAUCACGAUUGAGGCGAUGAAGAGCGACAUAGACGAGGUGGCUCUGCAGGGCAUCGAGUUCUGGUCCAACGUGUGCGACGAGGAGAUGGACCUGGCCAUCGAGGCCUCGGAGGCAGCAGAACAAGGACGGCCCCCAGAGCACACCAGCAAAUUCUACGCCAAGGGGGCUCUGCAAUAUUUGGUCCCUAUUUUAACCCAGACCUUAACAAAACAGGAUGAGAACGACGACGACGACGACUGGAACCCCUGCAAGGCAGCAGGGGUGUGCCUGAUGCUGCUGGCCACGUGCUGCGAGGACGACAUCGUCCCCCACGUGCUGCCCUUCAUCAAGGAGCACAUCAAGAAUCCCGACUGGAGGUAUCGCGACGCCGCCGUCAUGGCCUUCGGCUGCAUCCUCGAGGGGCCCGAGCCCAACCAGCUCAAGCCUUUAGUGAUACAGGCCAUGCCAACGUUGAUAGAGCUGAUGAAGGAUCCCAGCGUGGUGGUCAGGGACACGACGGCCUGGACUGUGGGCAGGAUCUGUGAGAUGCUGCCCGAGGCCGCCAUCAAUGACAUUUACCUGGCACCACUGCUGCAGUGCCUGAUGGAGGGGCUGAGCGCCGAGCCCAGGGUGGCCACCAACGUCUGCUGGGCCUUCUCCAGCCUUGCUGAAGCUGCCUAUGAAGCUGCAGAUGUGGCUGAUGAUCAGGAAGAACCAGCAACCUACUGCUUAUCGUCCUCCUUUGAGCUGAUAGUGCAGAAACUGCUGGAGACUGCAGACAGACCUGAUGGACACCAGAAUAACUUGAGGAGUUCUGCCUAUGAAUCCCUGAUGGAAAUAGUAAAAAACAGUGCCAAGGACUGUUAUCCUGCUGUCCAAAAAACCACCCUGGUCAUCAUGGAGAGGCUCCAGCAAGUGCUACAGAUGGAGUCUCACAUCCAGAGCACCUCAGACAGAAUCCAGUUCAACGAUCUCCAGUCCCUCCUCUGUGCUACUCUCCAGAACGUGCUGCGGAAGGUGCAGCACCAGGACGCGCUGCAGAUCUCGGACGUGGUGAUGGCGUCGCUGCUCAGAAUGUUCCAGAGCACGGCCGGCUCCGGGGGCGUGCAGGAGGACGCCCUCAUGGCCGUCAGCACCCUGGUGGAAGUCCUGGGUGGAGAAUUCCUGAAGUACAUGGAUGCCUUCAAACCUUUCCUUGGGAUUGGGCUGAAAAAUUACGCUGAGUACCAGGUCUGCCUGUCGGCGGUGGGGCUGGUGGGGGACCUGUGCCGGGCGCUGCAGUCCAACAUCCUCCCCUUCUGCGACGAGGUGAUGCAGCUGCUCCUGGAGAACCUGGGGAAUGAGAACGUGCACAGGUCGGUGAAGCCGCAGAUCCUGUCCGUGUUUGGGGACAUCGCCCUGGCCAUCGGCGGCGAGUUCAAGAAGUACCUGGACGUGGUGCUCAACACCCUCCAGCAGGCGUCCCAGGCACAGGUGGACAAGUCCGACUAUGACAUGGUGGAUUACCUGAACGAGCUGCGCGAGGGCUGCCUGGAGGCCUACACGGGAAUCAUCCAGGGGCUGAAGGGAGACCAGGAGAACGUGCACCCUGACGUGAUGCUGGUGCAGCCCAGGGUGGAAUUUAUCCUGUCCUACAUCGACCACAUCGCGGGGGACGAGGAUCACACGGACGGCGUGGUGGCCUGCGCCGCCGGCCUCAUCGGGGAUUUGUGUACAGCUUUUGGGAAGGAUGUCCUGAAAUUAGUAGAAGCCAGACCCAUGAUCCACGAGCUGCUAACGGAGGGGAGGAGAUCCAAGACGAACAAAACAAAAACCCUCGCGACCUGGGCCACGAAAGAGCUGAGGAAACUCAAAAACCAAGCUUGAUCUGUUACCAUUGGGACGACACCUGAGGACCCCCACUGGAAAAAAAUGAAAAUUCCAACAACGCCAACAACACCGAGAAAAACAAAAAAAAGGAAAAAAUCUCCAAUUUCCUACAAAACCCCCCAAAAAAAAGUGAGGAGUGAAUGGUUGGGAAUGCUGAGGAUGAGUGAGUGAGGCUCAAAAAUCCCAAAUUUUGGUGAUCUCCCCCUUUCCCAGCAUCCAGGAGGGAAUUCUGGACCCCCAAAAUUCCAAGAAAAACAAAAGAAAAGGGGGAAAAAUCCGAAUAUUCCCAAGAGAGGAGUGAGGGAAACGAGAAAAUGAGGGAAAAACGGGGAAAAUUGGGAUUAAAGUGGUGCUCUGUGAGGGUUUGGCUGCUCGAGAGAGGUGGAAAAUGAGGUGAAAACCCAGAAAUUCUCAUUUAUUUGGGAAUUUUCAUCGAUUCGGGAAUUUUCCAUGGAUUUGGGAAUUCCCAGGGAUUUGGGAAUCUCCCAGGGAUGAAGCAAAAAUCCCAAAAAAGAGAGAAAAAAUUAAAAAAAAAUGGAAUUUCAAGAGGAGUGAGUGUGUGUGAGUGAGGUCAUAAAUCCACAUUCUCAACUUCCCAAAAAAAAAAAAAAAUCAGAAUUAUUCAUUGCAGUUUCUUCUCUUUUUUUUCCCAAAACCACCAAAAAAAAUGAAGGGAAAAAAAGCUAAAAAAACCCCAAAAAAAAGACAAAAAAAUUCUAAAAUAUUCAAAAUUUCAAGUUCAGCUGUUGCAUUUCAUAACAGGUUCAGGCAGUGAGAGAAGAGGAAAAAAACGUAGAAAAGAAAUUAAAAAAAGGCAAAAAAAAUUAAAUAGAAAUUUAAGGAAAGUCGCUUUUUUUAGGGAUUUUAUUUUUAGGGAAUGCUGAAUGUUCGGAGCUCUUGGCUUGUCCUUAAAUAUUCAACUGUGAAUGUAAAAAAUGGGGGAAAAAAACACAAUUUUGGGCUUGCAGGGAAUAGAAAAAUCCAUUUGUCCAGCGAGUUUCAGGCUUGAAAAAUUCCAAAAGAAUGGGAAAAAGUCAGGAAAAAUAUUCAAAAAUUCAAAUUUUUUUUUUUAAUUAAAAAGUCAGGAAAAAUACUCAAAAAUUCAAUUUUUUUUUUAUUUUUUGGCAAAAAGUCAGGAAAAAUAUUCAAAAAUUCAAAUAUUUUUUUCUUAAAAAUAAAAAAGUCAGGAAAAAUAUUCAAAAAUUCAAAUUUUUUUUUAUUUUGGCAAAAAGUCGGGAAAAAUAUUCAAAAAUUCAAUUUUUUUUUAUUUUUUGGCAAAAAGUCAGGAAAAAUAUUCAAAAAUUCAAAUUUUUUUUUAUUUUGGCAAAAAGGAAAAAUAUUCAAAAAUUCAAAUUUUUUUUAUUUUGGCAAAAAGUCGGGAAAAAUAUUCAAAAAUUCAAAUUUUUUUUAAAUAUUCAAAAAUUCAAAUUUUUCUUUUUUAAGAAAUAAAAAAGUCAGGAAAAAUAUUCAAAAAUUCAAUUUUUUUUUUUUUUUAAAUAAAAAAAGUGCUGCGAAUUGGGAAAAAGAGAUCUCCUGACUGGGAUUGUAGCAGAACCCAAAUUGUGCCAAAGAAUUGAAAAAAUAAAAGAUAAAACCAGAAAUAAAAAUAUGCACAAAAAAAAGGAAAAAUUUGAUAAAUUCAGGUGAUGUUCAGAGAGAAAAUUGGACGUGGAAAAAACAAAAAAAACCACAAAAAAUGAGAUUUAAACUUGUUUAUUUGCAAUUAUUUGGGAUUAUUUUGCUUUUAUUCAGAUCAGGCUCGAUGUGGUUUUUUGGUCUCUUGCUGCACUCGGAAAAUAAAAAAAAAACACGAAGAAAAAAAUUAAAAAAGAGGAAAAAAAAAAGGCUAAAAAAAAGAAAUUUAUAUAAAAUAUAUAAAUAUAUAAACUUGAGUUGAGCUGACAACGCCGGCGCUUGUAAAAGGUUUCUAUUUUUCCACUGCAGUUGAAGAUGAAUAAAAUGGUGUCAAAAUUCCCCAA